AUGGCGGCGAAUCAAAGGUGUGGUUGCCGGCGGCCGAAGGUUGAAGACAAGCUCGAGGACGACGCUGCAGGGCUUCCGGCGGGGUGUGGCUCGGUGAGUGGGGUCGAGGACGACGUCGCGGAGCUCAUGGACCGGUCGGGGAAGCGAGGGAGGGCUGGUGGCCGCGGCAACAACGAGCGGCGGCGACGGUGCAUUCGGGUGGCUAUACGUUGGAGACGUACCACGCGCCCUCUGCCGGCCAGCGCUGCCCCGCCGCCGCCCCUCACGCUACCGCCGGCCCACCUGCCGCAGCACCACCCCGCCGCCCCGGAGCCCUGGGGCCCCGUCGCCACCAACGCCCGGCGCCCCCUCCGCCCGGCCAGCGCCACCACGCUGCCCCGGAGCCCUGCGGCCCCGUCGCCACCACCGCCCGGCGCUCCCUCCGCCCGGCCAGCGCCCCUCCGCCGCCGAGCAACCCCGGCGCCCGGCGCCCCUGGGCCCUGCCGGCCUGCCGCAGGCCGUCCCACCCCUGCCACAGGUGUUGACAGGAUGGUGGGCAAGGGUCCAGAGUGCCCCGAGCCUCCUGCGAGCGCUACUGGGAGGGGUGGUUCCAUUAUUCCAUCCCGGCCCCUCCGGAGAGCGCUGCUAGACAAAGAUAGCUACAGCGACGACGAGCUGGUUGAGAAGGGAAAGAAGGUCUACAAGCGUGGCUGUACAAAGCUCCCGCCCGUGCCGACGACCCCCGACCAGAGGGGCUGGACCUUCUACAGGGUUUCCGAGGGAGAGCAGGAGGCCGCGGCUAUGGCUAUUGUUGAGAAAGAGAGAUUGAAGACGAAGGAGCUUCUAGAGGACGCAAAAAGGGAGGCACAAAGGGAGGCGGCGGAGAGGGAGAGGGAGAUGGACGAGAAGACGGAUAAGCUGUUGGAGGAGGAGAGGAACCAGAAUGACAGCGCUAGCCGGGCCCUAUACGAGCUCAUCGUGGUACGUUUCUCGUGCAUAUUUGCCCAAUCAUGUACGUAA